AUGAAGGCAAUACGUCGUUCAAGACGACCUCGUUUGUCUCGUCGACGGAAACAUUCGUCAGUUCAAUCUAUAGAAAGUGAUAAUGAUGAAUCUGAUCUCGAACAUCAAACAUUGCCGGAAAAAUCUAUUACACGAACUAAUAAAAAUGCGAAUCGUAUACCUACCAGUGCUUUAGUUGAUACGAUUACAAAUCUAUCAAAUGAACAUAAACAAGAUCAGAGAUUACAUUUAUCAUCCGAUGAAUCAGUUUUAUUUCUUAAUUCUAUUAAUAGUAUGCCGAAACCAACACAUGUCUCCGAUGACCUUACACCAUUGUCAAAAACUACAACUAACACAACACUGCUGACAGCUUUGACAUAUAGUAAUACAAAACAAACAGAAACAGUUAGAAUUGAUUUAACACAAUUAAGCAGUACAGAUACACUUGCAAGUUCAUCAGCAAAUACUGAUCAUGAUCAAUCAUUGUCACUUGAUAGGAAAAUUUCAUUGACUAAUAUUAAUGCUAAAAUUAGGCAUAGUAAAUAUUUUACUCAAAUCUAUGAUACAGACACCAGUAUGAAAUCUGUUGUAUUCUCAAAAGAUAAUACAUUAGAACAAGACCUAUCAUCCUCAUAUCGUAAACAUCUAUCAUGUUUAACUAUGCCAAAUGUAGACAAUAGAGGUUUGAUGACAAUAGAUUCACCGGCAAUUGUCGGAGACAUAUUAUUACCAGCAAAAGUCAAUACAAACAUAAACAUUUGUCAACAGAUGCCAGUUCAUUGGAAUUCAUCUCGAUGGAAUCUACCAAAUAUUACACCUAGAUUGAAAAUAUUGAUAAGCUGCUCAUCAUUAAGUUUAGCGAUCGGAAUUUUAAUGCUUGUUAUUAUUCUAUAA